GAUCCACGGCAGGUCGUCUGACCCCAACAUGGUCCACGGCAGGUCGUCUGACUCCAACAUGAUCCACGGCAGGUCGUCUGACCCCAACGUACAGCAUGGUGAUAGUGGACAGAUCCACCUGGACCCCAAUGGGCUUUCAGACCUGCCGCUGGGGUCCCCAGACACAAUGGAGACGGACAGGCCUGGCGCACCUCUCAGCCCGGCAGACUUCGAGACCAGCGCCGGCAUGAUUCACGACACCGUCGACACCAGCAGCCAGGCCGACCCCAUCGAACUGGCGGGACUCUUCCAGGGCGAUAUAAUGCUCCACGACCGUGACGCCCUCCUCGACCUACCGCCUGGGGUGUCGAGGGAGACGAGCAGGGGGGGUCGCAGCGCCCUCAUAGACGUCCACAGACGCUGGCCCAACGGCAUCAUUCCCUACGUCAUCUCCCAGACCUACGAUGAGACGGAGCGAGGCACCAUCGCCAAGGCCAUGAGUGAGUUCCAUGAUCAGUCCUGCAUCCGCUUCGUCCCUCGAACCAUCGAGAAGGACUACAUCCACAUCCUCAAGGGUGACGGGUGUUCGAGCUCUGUUGGUCGGGUGGCGGGGGCCCAGCAGGUGUCGCUGGGGCCCGGGUGCCUGUACGUGGGCAUUGUGAUGCACGAGCUGAUGCACGCGGCGGGGUUCUGGCACGAGCAGUCGCGCUACGACCGGGACAACCACAUCACCAUCAACAAGCUCAACGUGCAGGAGGGCAUGUGGCACAACUUCGAGAAGUACACCUGGGACAAGAUCCAGAGCCUCGGGAUACCUUAUGACCUGGAGUCGGUGAUGCACUACGGUCCGUAUGCCUUUGCCAAAGAGGGCAAGCCAACCAUAAUUCCCAGAGAGACAGGAAAGGAGAUUGGUCAGAGGAGAGGCUUCUCCAAGUGGGACGUGGCCAAGCUGCAGAAGCUCUACAACUGUGCCAACACCUCCACCUACUUCGUCAGCACCUCCGCUCCACUGGUGGCCGCCGCUACAGAGGAGUGUGAGGACAACGUGAAACACUGCCAGAUGUGGGCCGACAUGGGUGAGUGUGACACCAACCCCACCUGGAUGUUCGUUAGCUGCAGGAAGGCCUGCAGACAGUGCGUAAUGCCAGGUGGUGCUGCAGGUAAGGAGUGCCAGGACCUUAGUAUUUACUGCAGAGUUUGGAGCGAGAAAGGCGAGUGUACCACCAACCCGGAGUACAUGACUCUACACUGCAAGAAGUCGUGCGGCCUCUGUCAUGACCACCAAGAUACUCCUGUCCCCAAGCAGUGUGAGGACAAGAACAAGUACUGCAGCGCCUGGAGCAAGAUGAGGCAGUGCGACGCUAACAGGGACUACAUGCACGUCUACUGUAAGAAGUCCUGUAAACACUGCUAGAAGCAAUCGUACCAUCUUCCUGCCCUUCUUCUUCACCAGCCUCACACACGCAGCUCUUUCCUCUCAGUGGCAACCUUCUCCUGGGUUGGUUUUGUCUCUGUCAUCAUGUCCGUCCGGCCUCAGGUAUCGUCUCCACGCCUGCAGAAUCAUCCUGCUCCCCCGUCAACAUUUUCUCCUCUCAACAAGUGGUUGUCUUCAUUAUUUUUAUGAUGGAAAUGUUGUACAAUCGAGUGUAACUGUACUCCAAAGACUAAUUUAAUUUCAGCGGUGCCGAAGUCUUGAGUCAGCCUUCGUGGGCACCGUUGGGCCUUCCCCUGAAGGCAACAGGACACCACAGCAAACCAUCUUGGCAGAUUACUGAAUAUACUGUUGCACCUUUGUUUUGAAAUAAACAUUGCCACACAAAAUAAAUGCAUCUUUGGGAAAUAUACAAAAUCAACUAUAGACAUUUAAGCUGUUAAUAAGGUUCACUGAUGUCACUGUAUCUAAGGGUGUAAGCCAUACACUGACUUACACUUGUAAGAGACACCAAGACAGACCUGGAGCUUAACUAAUGUUACUUAAGUUAUGAUAUCCAAAGCACACAUCAGAAACGACGACUUUUCGGUCCGUUUUGGACUUGACAAUGGUCCAGGACGUUUCUUCAUUUUCUGAUGUGUGGUUUGGAUAUCAUAAACCAUUACUGUAUAUAAGAGUGUGUGAGCCACACUCACACACUCACACACUCUUAGCUCACACACUCUUAUAUACAGUCAUGGUUUAUGAUAUCCAAACCACACAUCAGAAAAUGAAGAAACGUCCUGGACGUAACCCACAACCUAGAUUAUAACGUGUCUUAUUGUUUAUAAGUUCACAGAACAUAUUAAGUAUGAUUUAUAUAAGAACCAUUAAACUAUUGUUGGGUGUGUGUUUAAAAUCAUUAAUACCUUUGUAAUAUUGUUUGCAAAUGAAGACAAAUAUAUCAUAACAUCACAGACAAGGAGAUAGUAUAUUAUAAUUGUAUGUAUUUAUAUAUCAUAAAUAUGUUAAAAUUGUGUAUGGAGUAGUGACAUGCAUACCGCCACUACACCAAGCAAGUACUUAUCACCAAGAAGGUACCGAGUAAAGAAGUCUAUAUAGCUGCCAAUGGUGAUACAUAGCCUUCCCGGCCUGGUGCCUUCUUUGAUAAUUGUUUACUAUAUAGCUGCCACUCAGUGGUUCGUGGUCAGCCUCUCUGGGUACAGAAGCUGGGUACACCUCUCAGUCUAUAUCCCGGCUCAGUUUAAACAUUUAACGUUUUCAAUACACAUAUAUGUAAUGUAUGUUUACAUAUUAUAAAUUUAUUGUAUUAAAAGAUGCUUAUCAGUUAGUAUUUACUAGAGUUCGUUAACAUAAACACAUCUCAACAUGACAUGUUUGGCACUAAUUACUGUGUACGAGAUUGUGGUGUGAACCAACACAACCAAACAUUGUUCCGGCCUUUCCAACAAUGCAUCGCAUUUAGAUGUAUUUAUACACGGUUUUGGUCCCUAAGGCCAAAAACCAUGCACACAAAAUCAUAGCGGCUUGCAAAGUUAACGUGAUGUCCCGUUUUCUAUUCGUGAGUCCUCGGGUAGGUUAGGGUCGGGCAAUUUAGUGACGUUGUGAACGCUCGUGAGGACGGACUGUGUAAAUAUAUUGAAAAAGACACGAUUCAUGGGAUAGUGAUCAGUUUGUUCUUGUCCACAGUCCGUGAUUAUAACCC